GCAAUGUAUUAAACUUGAACUGUCGGUACAUUUGUAUUAAUUUUUCUGAAAAGAAAUUUUUAAAUAAGACGACAAAAUUGCAUUUCUUGAAAAUCCAAAAAUAAAAAAGGAAGUCAGAAUAUUAAUCUGUUACUUUCAGUUUCUAAUUAUACUAAACAUAAACAGAUGUUAGCUAUUGUAAGUUCAUAAAUAUAAUCACGAAAACAAAAUUUAAUAUAUAUAUAUAUAUAUAUAUAUUAGAUCCUAUGAUUUUUAGUUUCUUUUAAAUUAAUAUCAAGUAUAUAUUCAACAAAUCUUUGUGACAAAUGAUCAAAUAUUUACUUUGUCUUCUUUUAUUUUCUCUCACAAUCUUUCAAGCAUUCCUAUCAGAAGAUCAUCAAGUUUUUUUUUCUCUAAUUUCCAAUUUUUAUUUUAUUCAAUAAAAUAGCUCCUAAAUGUACGACAAUAUAAAUAAAAAGCAUUAUUUGAAGAGCUCAUGAUAGAUACUUCUUGAAAAGCAUUGAAGAUUUAAUCUCUUCAUUAGUUUAUGAUAUAUUAGUCGUUUUCAUGAAUAAAUGAUAAUCUAUCAAACUAUUUCAUUUUUGAUUAUGAUAAUAAUACAACCUGUGACGUCAACUCGAUUGAUUUUUUUUUCUACUUUUCGAUUUAUUGAAGAAACACUAGAAUCUUUCUUCUUAUCUUUGAUUACUUCUUAAGAGAAAAAAAUAAACCAAGAACAUUAUGUUAAUCAGAACCUUAUAUGAUUUAAAUAUAGUUGAAAAAAAAACAAUGGUUCGUUGUCAGAUUUUUCAAACAUAUGCAGCGAACAACGCUUGAAAGUACAUGUUCGAGUGUUGAGAGAUGCAUGUGUAUGACUGAUAAAAUUGACCCAUUGAUUGAUCUGUUGAAAUAUUUUUAUUUUAUCUUAUAUUUUAGAAAAAAAUUGAUUCGAUGAUAUUUAUUAUUGUCACAUAUAUUUCAACAAUACUGAAUAUUUUUCUUGUUGAAUCAAGUCAUUUUUCUGGUGGAACUAUAACAUGGAAACCUGUAGCUAAUACAACUACUGGUUCAACAGUUUCAGUGAUGUUUACACAAUCAUAUCAAUGGCGACUCUCAACCGCUGGAUCCUGUAACCAAACUUAUGUUAUGAAUAAAUCACCUCUAAUUCCAUCAAUGAGUGGUACACUUGAUUGUGUAUCAUCUCCUACUGGUUUCUGUGGUGGUUAUAGUUCAAUGUCUAUCGUUGAAUAUUGUACCGAUUUCAGUUCAUUCCUUGACUCAAGUUCAGGUCAAAUUUCAACAGUUCAAAGUAUUACAGUUGGUUCACAGUUUUGUGUCGCAUUUCGAAGUGGAAGUUGGAUUCCUGUACAAGUAGCAUGUACAUCAAGUACAGGUAGUUGUUACAAUGGUGGUGCCAGCUGGUCGAUCGGUUGUUGUCUCGAUUUAAAUAUUAGAUACGAUGGUGUUAUUAAUUCACCACCAGUUGCAACAGUUGUCUCGCGUAUAUGUCGUUGGGCUCAGUUUACGUCAUCACUGGAUGAAUGUGCUGAUGUCUGCGGAGUAGCAGCCGGCAGCACUCUCAAUAGCAAUGAUUGCAGACUAACAUUCAAUAGUACAGGAAAAACUGUUGGAGACUAUUAUGUAGUUGCUCUAAUGGUCGAGGAUUUUUGGACAUCAUCAUCAUAUCUGCCAUUUAGUAGUAUUCCAUUACAAUUUCUAAUUAAAAUUGUUAGCAAAUCUAGCUGCUUCACAAAGCCGAAGAUUAACUCCAGCUUAGUAGAUUGUACUGCUAUUACUGUUGGAGUUACAUUUACGUUCACAUUGACAAUAACGCCAGGAUGUGAAAAUACAACGAUCAGCGAUGUAUUCAGAAUGCCACCUUUGAAUAUGUAUAAAAGUCAAAUAAGCCCUGAUGAACCGAUCAAUGUAUGGAUUAUGAAUGAAACAUGGACACCAACUGUUGACCAAAUUGGAUCUCAAGUUUAUUGUGCUAUUACAACUGAUAGUACAACAAAAACAACAACAACAGCUACAACAGCAACAACAACAACAGCUACAACAGCAACGACAACAACAUCGACAACAACAGAGACAACAACAUCAUCAACAACCACAACAACAGAGACAACAACAACCUCAACUUCGACAACAACAACAACAACUACCACUACGACGGCAACUACAGCAACAACAACAACAACUACCACAACAACAACAAUAACGACAACAACAACGACUACCACAACAACAACUACUACCACAACAACAACAACAACUACAACAACAACUACAACGACAACAACAACUACUACCACAACAAUAACUACUACAACAACAACGACAGAAACAGGUUCACGAUAUACUAUCAUUACAUAG